AUGGAUACGUCAGACUGGCUGAGAGAGCAAUUGAAAUGGGCAUUCCUCCUGAGAGAAUACAUCGGGGAUCAUCUGGAAGCGUCGAGAAUCCUCAAGGGAUGGCUUUACCUUCCAGCUGUUGGUGACAGUGUGGCUGAAGAUGAAGUGGUCUAUGAAAUUGAAACUGACAAGGCUAUGAGAGCUAUGGCACUGUCAUUUGGCCUGGCAUUGCAGGACAAAGGGGAGCCAGGCAAGCCGCAUCCAAGG